AUGUUGCUGGGAAAAGGGAAAGAAAACCCCCAAGACAUUCUUGUCAUCUAUGAAGAAGAUUCAGAGGAAUGGGCAUUGUAUUUAAAGUCAAUAUUUGAGCACAUUACAUUAGAAAACAGAAUCUUGCUUUACAACAUUGAUUUUGCAUCUCUCCACCACUUGGAACUGCAAUCAUUGUGCUCUUAUAGAUGCAAACUACUGAUUUUGUCAAAUGGGCUUCUAAACCGCCUGGAUUUAAACAAUAGUCUUUUUCUGGAAAAGAUUCUUCAGCCUCCUGAAAAUGUGGUUGUUCUGCUUUGCGGGGUUGAGAAUUCAGCCGUUCUGUAUGAGAUACUCAAUAUGGACAAAAGAAAUCAAGUGAUUACCACUGAUCAAAACCCAGAAGUCUACCUGGCAGUGAUUGCUGACAUUAUUCAACAAGGGUUGCCAGAUCUUGAGCCAUUGUCAUUGAAUUUAGAAAGUAUUUUGAAGAGAGAAGACUGUGUAGUAACUGAGACAAUCCCUGAAACAUUGGAAAGGCCAGCAGUUUUAGUGCUACCCACAAGGAUAUCAUGUGAGGACCCUGAGGAAAUAUUCAUUCUUCUGAGAGAUGAAGUCCCCAGUGGCUCAGUAGAGGUUGAAUUCAUGACAGAAAAUCAGCGAAUCAGGACUCAGCCAAACUUCUGGAAUCAAAAUGUCAUGUUUAUGAAGACAUUACAUUUUCCUGCCGGCAUUGUAAAUGUAAUUGUUUACUGUGAGGGAGUCAUUAAAGCAACAACACAGAUCGAAUAUUACACAACAGCAGAAGAGAUUGAAUGUAUACUUCAGAAAGUGGCAGAUCCAGUAGCUUUUGCUUGUCGGGCUUCCAAGUUUUCUUCAGCCGAGAAGAUUGACAGGAUUCUCACAUUCCUUUUGACGAGCCCUGCAAUUUCUUAUGAUUUUAGUGAUUUCCCAAACGAAGACAAGAGCCAUCAUGAUCAACAUACAGACUCUCAUUUGGAAGAACUUCCUACUCUUCUCCACUGUGCAGCCAAAUUUGGACUAAAGAAGCUUGCCACUGUUCUCCUCCAACAUCCUGGGGCUAUUCAGGCUUGCAAGGUAACCAAUAAAUAUGGAGAAAGCCCAGCAGGCGUUGCAGAAAAGCACGGCCAAAAAGAGAUUCAGGAAAUCAUUAAAGAAUUGUCAAUUCAUGAAGAUGACUACCAAAGAGCUGAACAGGAGGAAGAGGAAGUGAAUUCUGAAGACGACACUUAUAUGAUUAUGAUACACCCAGAAUCUCAUCAUAAUGGAAGUUUCUCCCCGCCAAGGACAGGAGAACAGCCUGGAGUCUGCUGGCAAAUUCAGAAUGAAGCAGAAGUGGAGCAGAAUGAAGCAGAAGUGGAGCAGGAAGAGGAAGAAGAGGAAGGCAUGGCUAAGGAAAGUGCCAAUGAAGAAGCAAAUAAGACCAUGAAAGAGUCGGGUCAAGAUGAUGACCGCUUGUAUGCUACUAUAGAUGAGGGGGAUCUUGAAGCCGAGACAAGAGACAUGUCCUGUGGGAAAGGGCCUCCAUUGCCACCUCGAGUCCAGCGGACUACCUCAAGACAAGGGGAACCUCUCUAUGUGUCUCCAGAACAAGAAACGGUUAAAGACAAAAAGGAAAAUGAAUAUAUAUUUGAAGACGUCAGAGAAGAGGAUGUAUCCAAGGAAGAAGGGGAGGAAGAUCCUUACACGGCUGCUCAGCUGGAUGUUGGUGUGUACGAUGCAAUACUGGCCAGUGCUACUGAAAAACGAAGAAAAGAAGGCAGAUCCUUUAUUAUGAACCGGCCGCCAGCGCCUGCACCCCGUCCUUCAUCUGUCCCUGUAAAAGAGGAGGUCAUGCCUUACAUAGCACAAGUUUUUCAGCAAAAGGCAACCAGAAUUUCUGCGGCUAAUGAGAAGGUGUUGUAUGCUGUCAGAAAACCAGAUCGCAUGUAUGAUGACAGGACUACUUAUACAGCUGUCAGGCCAAACACCCCACUGGGUCAAGAACAACUAAUCCUGUUACAGGAGGAGGUGAAAAAGGGGAUAAUUUCGGUGGAUGAAGCAAUGGAGAAAUUCAAACAAUGGCAAAACCAUAGAAGUCAAUUAGAAGCCACCCAGCAGGAAAAAAUGCAUCAGCUCCAAGACUCUAUUACCAGAAAAACACUGGAGGAGGAAGACUUGCAUGUUUCUAUGACAAAAGGAAGAAACAAUCUUGAUUCCGAAAACAUUGUAUACUCUAGUCCGCUUGGAAAGCAGGAGUGGAUCCUCACUGUGCUGUCAUUUUACGUAGAAAAAACAAAACUCAAGCAACAGGGUCAAGAAGCCAUGAAAUGUAGGAAGAAAGUGUGA